UUAAAAUGUGGUUGGAUUCAUUUAACGCUGUAAAAAUAUUUUGAAGGGUAGCUGAGCAUUUUUGCUCCAUUCUUCAUUUUUUAUCUUUUCUGUGUACUAAAAUAUAGCUUCAAGCAAAGUUUCGUUUUGCUUGUCAAUAAUAAAUAUAAUUUCGAAUAUAUAUUGCUAUAACUUUCGUUAAAUCUUAUUGCAGGAUUGUCAAGGUAAGGAUUGGGCUGCAAAUGUCGUUACUUGUUUUGGCGCUAGCAUCUGGUUCAAUGAAAAACGGGUUUGUUCCAAGUCGAUCCAAGGCAACGACAGCAAAAGAAUCUGCACAUCAUACACCGCACAAAGUUGUUUUAAUCAAUCCAUGCUCAUGGAGAAAAAUCAAAACUCUGUGCAUACUUGCUCAUAACAUGGCAAACAUCUUACGAUAGCUAUCACCUGGCUAUUAAUCAAUUAUUUAUGAGGGCAAAUAAAGAUGCAUCUGACACUUGAGAGCCAUUCAGUAAAUGGCAGAGUUAGAUUGGAUAUACAGGAUAAACAGAUCGCUUUCCAGAACAGACGAAAACCAGCAUGGCUACUCAAGGAAAUGCAAGCAAGGUAUUCUGUACAACUCUCCAGCAAUCUUUCCGAGUACAAAACGAUACUUCUUUGACCUCCACUGUAAUAUUAACAGUGUUGCAGUCUGCCUCUUGUGUUUUUACUGUAGUGAUAAAUUUAGCAAUUAUAAUCGCUUUAUUGCGAAAAGAGCAGUUAAAAACAGCAGCAAACCUUAUACUUACCAGUAUGGCCAUUAGCGAUUUUCUAGUUGGUCUAAUAGUACAGCCACUUACUGUGACCCAUCAGAUAUUUAAUAUAUACGGCAAUGAUUCAUGCUUUCUCCAAAACAUUAACUCUUUGGUCGCUAUCCUCUGUGUUGGGUUGUCUUUUGUAAAUGUUUGCAUGUUUGCAAUGGAUAGAUGCUUCGCAGCAAUCUUUCCUUUCAAGUAUCUAGAAGACAAAGUAUAUAGAAAGUACCUGGCAAUUAUCAUUGCUUCAUGGCUGACAAUAGGGAUUCUGGUAAUUCUCACAUACAUGAAACUAUUCAGUGGAGGAAUGCUUCAGCGGCUAAUGACACUGUUAUUCGUAAUUUCGAUGGUCUUUACGCUCCUUUCGUAUUUCAUCAUCUAUGGCACAAUCCGUCGUCAGAAGAAACGCAUUUCUAAUAUUUCAUCUGCACCAACCAAAAGAUUCGUAUCUGCAAACUUUAUGAUACGUUUCAAGAGAAGAAGGAGAUUCUCUUUUAGAGAUUCAACUACAGACUUCCCACAAAGUUUUGUGUCACCAAGAGCUGAUGAAGUGAUUGAAAUAGAACACGAUCAAGUUGUAAAGAUUGGUGGAGAGGGUGACAUUGUAGAUGGCUCAGAACAGAAUGUUGAACAGAUGAUUAACCCAAAGUUGAGAACACAGAGAGCAACAUCAUACACAGUCAUUUUCAUACUUGCAGUGUUCAUGCUUUGCUAUUUGCCGUUGACUGUACUCAAUAUAAUAACGAAGAAUAUAGAGAUCGAUGAUAAAACACGCAUUGUUGCAUACGACUGGGCUAAUUUCUUAAUAGUGUUUAACAGCUCUUUAAAUCCUAUAAUCUACUGUAUUCGAGUAAAAAUGAUUCGAAAUGAGGUUAAAGCUACUUUUAGUCGCAUCUUCCGCUUUCUGAUUAGAUCUUGAAAUGACGUAAGAUACUGGAAUGUAUAAAGCUUGUGUAAAUGUGUAGUUCUAGCUUUUGUUAUUGUUGUAUUCGUUCCAGGUUUUAAAAAAUAUCUUUAAAAUGACGUGUCGGACAUACUACGUAAAGCAAAUAAGCUAAAUCGGUAAUAUUCAAAGACAAUAUAAGACCUUUUCUGCAUGUAAUACUAUACAAUGUAUAUGCGACUCUAUGGACAAUGUGUAAAAAUAUUGUAAAUACGCUGAUAACGAAUAUGCUGAUAAAACUCCCAAUAUGUUAAUAUUUAAUAAUUCUAACAGAAAACAGACUUGUUGAGCCGCUAAUCAGGGUUUUACCACAGGCUAGGAAAUAGGCAGAAGGGUAACUCUUGUCGCUUCCAUUGUUGUUUUUGAAGCUCGAGUUACCUACAGAUUUCUUAAUUCCCCUUUAACCUCGAUUUUAUUAGACAAACUGAGCAACGACAAAAAAACAUCCAUUUAUCAGAUAAUAGCCGAAUUAUUAUACAUAAUUAGAUUUGUUCA